AGUGGAUCGGGCUGUAGUUGAUCAGGUGUGGGCCGGGCUAUCCAAAUAAAGAAGUUCCCCAACAAUCCUCCACAGUAGUCCCUGAUCAAUUCCCCGUCUCACAUCUUUCUCUCUGGUAGUAUCAACUGUCAAGUGUUAACAACAUGAACCUGUUGGAUAAAAUACCCACAAUGCAGAGGAAGGAACCCGAAAAGUUGCAGAAGGUUGAAGAAUUUGGUCCUGUUUGGUGGGUUGAAACCUCCGAGAACAUCUCCCGCCAUUUUCAAUUCGACCCAGAUGGUCAAUUCUCUGUAAAACUGCUUGGGGAUUCAAGACCUGUGUUUAAAAGGGUGACUGAAUCCUUCCUCAAUACUUUCUAUCCAUCUGGUUAUCCAUAUAGUGUGAAUGAGGGUUAUGGUAGGUAUACGCAAUUUCGAGCUCUACAGCAUUUUACCAGUGCCGCGCUAUACGUUCUCUCGACUCAGUCCCUGUUAUUUGCUGCAGGAUUACGUCCAACACCUGCACAAGCAACUGUAGUUAGCUGGGUAUUGAAAGAUGGUAUGGAGCAUGUUGGAAAGCUAAUUUGCAGCAAUCUUGGUGCUAGGAUGGAUUCAGAACCAAAACGGUGGAGGAUUUUUGCUGAUGUUCUAUAUGACAUGGGCACUGGCUUGGAAGUUUUGUCUCCAUUAUGCCCACAUCUGUUUUUACAAAUGGCUGGCCUUGGAAAUUUUGCAAAGGGAAUGGCAACUGUUGCUGCUAGAGCCACGAGAUUGCCACUUUAUUCUUCAUUUGCGAAAGAAGGAAACCUCAGUGAUCUGGUCGCUAAAGGGGAGGCCUUAUCAACUCUCUUCAAUGUUUUUGGAAUGGGGGCAGGAAUCGCACUUGCAUCCACUGUCUGUUCAUCCAUGCAAGGAAAGGUUAUUGCUGCACCCCUUCUUUCAGUUCUGCAUGUAUUUAGUGUUGUAGAAGAAAUGAAAGCUGUUCCUGUCAACACAUUAAAUCCUCAGAGAACCGCUUUGCUGGUGGCUGAUUUCAUAAAGAUGGGCAAGAUAUCGACCCCUGCUAACCUCAGAUAUAAGGAAGACCUUCUAUUUCCCGGGCGCCUCAUAGAAGACGCAGGAAACGUUAUAGUUGGAAGAGCUCUCCACAAGGUUACCAAACCAUCAAGUUUCCAAAAAUGGAAAGAAAUGUUUCCGGAAGAAAAGUUCGUAUUAAGCCAAGGUAGCAAAUGGACCAACAUGGUGUUAGAGCAAAAUGCCAGUGGAGAAGAUGCUUUAAGAGGGUGGUUAGUUGCCGCGUAUUAUGCUUCAAAUAUCGAGCAAUCUUUCGACGGUCUUAGCCCUAAUGUAUUGCUCGAGUCUUACGAGAGAAUGGAGAGUGUUUUUCCGCGGUUUCUAUCUGAACUUCAGAGUAACGGAUGGCAUACAGAUCGUUUUCUUGAUGGAACAGGGUGCCGUUUUUCUUCUCAGUGAUCUUAAUUUAAUUUUAUUUUGACAGUCAUAUUUUUCUGAUAUUUUGCCUUAUAAUUAGAUGAAUAAAUACAUUCAGCUUUUUAUCUAUGAAAAAAAUGUAUGAAGUACUUUCUUAUGUGUUUC